ACUCCCCUCUGCCAGUGACACUGAGGCACCCUGGUGGGUUCUGACACACCCAAGUGCCGCCACAAGGAUUUUAAACCAAAACUGAAGGAUUCUGACAACAAAAUUCAUGAUUGAUGGUAUGCAUUAGCUCUCCAGGGAAGUGUGGCUCGCCUUGCGUCCCCCGCCGGCAACGGAAGGCCUGAGGGAAGGAGUCUCAUGGUGCAGAGGAAGCCAGGGCCAUGAAAGUGCCAGGAGUGGGCGUCUUCGUGCUGCUGGCCACGGCGGUGGGCGGACCAGGCGGCGUGUGGGCGCUAUGGGGCGGCGAGGAGGGCAUGUGUGGGCGCCACAGGUCCUUUCCCGACCUCCAGAGCGACGUCUAUAUCACAGGAUUACUGGGCAUCCACGGCGGCGCGCGGUGUGGACUGGUUGACCCCGCUGGCGUGCAGCUCAUGGAGGCGGCGAGGUGGUCCGCCCACAAGCUCAACGAAAACAACUUUGUUCCCGGUGUGACUCUAGGCGUCAACCUCUUCGACACGUGCGGGGGCCCCGACGCCGCCGUCCGCGCAGGCGUGUCCGCAAUGGUGGAGGGCGGCUUCCUUGACGACCCAGAGUGCGACUCGGGAAAGCAUGUUGGGGUUUUGCACACGCAUCCGGACAACGAUAAUCUGGUGAAUUUCCUUGAGGACGUUGGCGUGCCGUCUGUCAGUGUUGGCAGCCCUGAUCUUAGCCCGCAGUUGGAAGCCCUGAUGCCUCUUCUCCAGAGAAUCAACUGGACUUCUAUUGCGGUCGCAGCGCCGUCUGUCACGAUGCUAAGAGAGUUCGGAAACCUGGCAGCCAACGCUCGCAUAUGUGUGAGCGCAGAAGCGAUUCUUCCCUACAACAGCGACCAAGCCUCGUACCGGGAGGUCCUGGAGACCCUCGGCAGCGGGAAGACUCGCGGUGUGGUGCUCCUUGGGCCCCAGGACAAGCUGCACGCCACACUCACCACGGCCGCCGCUUACAACCUCACUGACUUCGACUGGAUCCUCGCGCCCACGGGUCCCAUUCAGGAGCAUUUCUUCCAAGGCCUCAACAAAGUGGGAACGGGCCUCUUGGCAGUGCGAAGAGCCAGUCAGUCGGUGCCAAAAUUCGGCCAGCAUUUCCUCGACAUUUCGGCCACCGACUCCACCCUCUACCCCUCCUCCUUGCCCGACGACUACGUGGAGGAGCCAGCUGUUUUCCAGGUCGUGGAGGCCAUGUUCAAGAUGGGCGCGGGCGUGCGACGGGCGGUGCUCGACCAGUGCGGCGGAUCGGGCUGGUGUUCGAACGCGUCCGUCGUGUUCACGGACCCUCACACGGACGGGCUGGACGUGAUCGAAGCCCUGUCCAUCAAAACGCAGCGGCCUCGGUAUCAGGUCCUCCAGCUGACGGCGACGGAGGAGGCGAGGUUGGUGUUCCAGAAGGUGGGCUACUACUCGGCCGACGUCCUGGACCUGGACCGCAGCGUGCUCGAGGGCCCCAACAAGCCCCGCCCUCAUCCCUGCCGCUCCUGCCGAUGCCUGAACGUCGGCUUCGCCUUCCUCAUUGACCUGCGGUGGAGGACCAACGCUUGGGUCACCAUCUGCGCCACCACGGCCAUCAUCGGGAUCCUGCUGGCCGUCGCCAUCUUCGUCUUCGUCGCGAGCCGCUCCUGUCGCGGCCGCGCCCCCGAGGGCUCCCAGGCCUUCACGCUCCUGCUGCUGGUGUCCUGCGUGCUCCUGUACUCCGCCAUCCUCCCCUACAGCUUCGAGGCCUCCAGCUUGACCUGUGCCCUGAGGCCCUUCGUCACCAGCCUGACCUACGCCAUCGUCUACAGCAUCAUGUUGGCUCGCUCGCUCAUGCUGGCCACGGCGGACUCGGAAGGGCUGGUGGGGCACGUGAGCGGCCUGGUGCAGACGGCGCUGCUGUUCUUCAUGGUGAGCGUGCAGGCGGGCCUCGGCGUGCAGCAGUGGGUCAUGAAUCCUCCCCACACGGCCUUCCUGCAGCCUCCUUCGGCCAAGGGGAUCCUGUACACCUGCUCGGGCGACCGCCUCUACUUCAUCGUGUCGCAGUCCUACGUGAUGUUCCUCCUUCUGCUGCAGCUGCUGGUGUCGCCCUUCAUCGUGCGCUCCCGCAGGAACUACCACGAGGGCCUGCUCUACUUCCUGGCCACGCUGCUCAUGGCGGGCGUGUGGGUGGGCUGGGCCACGCUCUUCAUGCUGCUGCCGCCCGUGUGGAGCGACGCCUGCAUCUGUCUGGGCCUCGCGGCGACGCCCACGGCGCUGCUGCUCACGGUGUUCAUCCCCAAGACCUACCUCAUGGUGCGGGCGUCGGCGAGGGAGUCCGCCUGCGCCACGCCCAUCAGGCCGAUCUCACGCCCGCAGUCCGUGCACGACCUGCCGCGGGUGUCGUCGCUCGCCCUCUACGACUCCAUCUCGCACCUGCCGGAGAUGUCGUACGCCCAGGUGCACGCGCCCUCGCACGCCUACACGCCGGACCCCACGGCGCACCUGGGCCACAAGGAGAGCCCCUACGAGGCCUACUCGCACUACCAACCUUCCCCGCACAAGGUCACGCAGUUCUAGCUCCCGCCGCCCGCCGCCUCGGCCGAGCGGCCUUCCUCCUGCCGCCCGGGGGAGGGGCCACUGCGCUUGUGAAUGGCUCAUGGAGAGUAAUAAACAUACAAAAUGU